GCAACAUUGUACCGACCAAUGGCCGCCUGGCGGUGGGACGAGAACAUAGAGACGAGACCUCUGAAAGUUCAGGAUACAAGUGUCAGAGUGUGAUAUUCAUCUCGCUUAGUAAUCUUUCAGUUAUGAAUCUUUCCCAGUGCCUUGAGGAUUCGCCGGCCUGGCGGACACCGAGGACAGGCCAGGAUCUAAACCUCAAAGAGCUUUACAAUGAGAGACACAGACUCGCUCUGGAGGAGCUGGUCGCCGGCGGAGUCCAGUCCUUCAUGGGAUUCCUGCAGAAAGAGAGAAUCCCGAACUUUCUCUCCGACGACGAGAUCAGGCGGAUUUCCCGCGCUGCUGUAGUGCCUAAAUCACUCUCUCUGACUGGAGACGAUUCUCAUUUGGACCAAUCUGGCACACUGGACUGCUCCUCUGUCACUUAUUUCCCCGAAGUCUCUGAUAUUGAGCCUCCAGUACUAGAGAUGGGCUGGCCAGCGUUUACUGCAGGCUCUUUCCGUGGAGUAACACGUGCCGCCGCCUACUUCCAGCCGAGUUAUGGAGAGUGCAUUUAUAGCUGCAAAGAGGCAGCCAGGAGGAUGAUAAAAAAUGCAAAAGAGGUGAUUGCCAUUGUGACAGACUCCUUGACAGACCUGGAUAUCUUCCAAGACCUGAAAGAAGCUUGCACACGCCGCAGAGUUCCUGUGUAUAUUCUUUUAGAGCAGUUUUCUCUUCCCUCAUUCUUGCAGAUGUGUAAAAACCUUCAUGUACAGCUGGAUGAGCUGCUGCAAAUGAAAAUACGAACCAUAACAGGUUCUACCUACUACAUGAGGUCAGGUGCUCGGAUCACUGGAAAGGUUCAUGAGCGUUUCAUGCUGAUUGAUGGAAACAGAGUGGCCACAGGUUCAUACAGGUUUAACUGGACAGAUGGCAAACUAAACAGCAGCAACCUUAUCGAGUUAUCUGGCCAGAUAACCGAGAAAUUCGAUGAAGAGUUCCGCAUCCUCUAUGCCCAGUCCCUGCCACUGCCAGCGAAUACAAGAGCUCCCUCUAGUGCCAGAAGCAGCGGUUUAUAUGACCAUCUUAUCCUUAAACCACCUGGAACGCCUCCCUCCUACUUGGCACGAACAACAAAGCCUCAAUCAGAAUGUCUGACAAGCACUCCAGCCAGACUUCAUACCCCAGAGAUCCAACAGAUGAAUAAAGACAUUGAAGACCGAGACAGAAAGAGUAACCCAGUUUCUGAUACUUCCACACUAGGUGAAGACUGGAAUGAGCAAGAACUCAGAGAGGAAGCCCUCACCUCGGAUGACCCUCGUUUACUGGCAAUGAAUGUUACCACUCAGACUGUCGAUGUGAGGAUCUCUGGUCUUGUACCUUCCUUCGACAUCUCAACACAAACCUCCUGCCAAACAGCAGACGUGAGCGUGCAAACAUGUGCUGACAAGCUUAAAUCGAAAACCUGGUCCAGCAGCGACCAGAUCAACCCCAGCGCUUCAUCCGCUUGCAACCUACAAGAGGUGGACUGUCACCCACCCGUCUGUCUUGCCCCACAAGACGUCAACCUGAGGGAGUGCUUCCUCAAGAUCACCAAAGAGCGACAGCACCACUACAGCUCCAUUCGCUCCAAGCUGGACCACAUGGUGACACUGCUUUCUCACAAGAGGGAACUAGUGGACCUCACUAACCUGACACAAAGGCCCGGCCUGCACAGAGGACGCAAGGGUCAGCAGGAGGGCAGGCAGGUUCACGGGACAUUUGAUAAUGCGAUUAUGGGGACUUGGCCCAGGUCAAGAUGUCUGCAGUAACAUGAACACAGGAGAACUGCGCUGGUGGUGGUCUUCUUUGUUUUAGUGUGGCACUUUUAAAAAAAUCUGAAUAAAAUCUGAAUUAAUUGUAGAUUAAUCAGAAAAAUAUUUUGAGUGAUGUGUAUGCAAAAAAAACAAACAUUUGCCUUCACUUUAAUUGUACUUAUUGUAUUAGAUGGGGGAAUUAUUAGCAGUCUUUAUAUACUGUAGUUAAAUAAACCAAAGUACUUUUCUGUUCGGUGACUUUGGAAAUGAGUUUGCCUGUAUUUGGUUGUGUCUGUUUCUUUCUUUCCGUGUUGUUAAAUGUUGUGAAAUUAUGAAAAUGACCUUUGUAACACUAUUACUUUUAUAUCCAUAUAUUUAAAACAACAGCAGUCACUCAU